AUGUAUACUCAAUUAUUAAAAGAAGCACUGUUGGAAAUCGAAGAUGAUGAUAAAAAAUCCAUUAAAAAUCUUGUUGAUUAUUGCCGUCUGAAACACGAUAUAUCAGAAGUUCAAAUUAAAAAAAUUGAACUCGAAUAUCGUGCUCAUACGCCAAUUUGGUGGUACACGGCGCCCUAUUUUAUGUGUUCGGCACUUAAUCACUGGGAUAUGUUUCAUGCUAGUCGCACCAAAGAUCAUCCACAACCUACACAGAAAGCAUGUGAUAGUGGUGCGAUAUUAACAACUGUUGGAAAUCUGAACGAACAAUCUCAAUAA